CAGCGCGGCCAGAGGGAGGAGAGAACCGGGGCUCGCCGCGAGCCUUCGAGAGCAGCGGUCGCGGAGGCGGCAGCGGCGGCACAGGCUAGGGCCAGCCGCGCGCGCAUCCCUCGGCGCCCGGCGCGGCGGAAAGCUCGGCGGGCCGCGGGAGCCCGCGAUUGGAGUGGACAAAGCAAGAUGGCAGGGAUCUUAGCCUGGUUCUGGAACGAGAGGUUUUGGCUCCCGCACAAUGUCACCUGGGCGGACCUGAAGAACACGGAGGAAGCCACCUUCCCGCAGGCUGAGGACCUCUAUCUCGCCUUCCCCCUAGCCUUCUGCAUCUUCAUGGUGCGGCUCAUCUUCGAAAGAUUUGUAGCCAAACCAUGUGCCAUAGCCCUCAACAUACAGGCCAAUGGACCACAAAUUGCCCAGCCAAAUGCCAUUCUGGAAAAGGUCUUCACUGCAAUUACGAAGCAUCCUGAUGAAAAGAGAUUGGAAGGCCUCUCCAAGCAGCUGGACUGGGAUGUUCGCAGCAUUCAACGCUGGUUUCGACAAAGAUGCAACCAGGAGAAGCCAAGCACGCUGAGGAAGUUCUGUGAAAGCAUGUGGAGAUUUUCAUUUUCCCUUUAUGUAUUUACCUAUGGAGUCCGGUUCCUAAAAAAGACGCCCUGGUUGUGGAAUACAAGGCACUGCUGGUACAACUACCCCUAUCAGCCACUCACAACUGACCUUCACUACUAUUAUAUCCUGGAGCUGUCGUUUUAUUGGUCUUUAAUGUUUUCCCAGUUCACUGAUAUCAAAAGAAAGGACUUUGGCAUUAUGUUCCUGCAUCACCUUGUAGCUAUUUUCUUGAUUUCCUUUUCGUAUGUCAACAAUAUGGCCCGAGUAGGGACCCUGGUCCUCUGUCUUCACGAUUCAGCUGAUGCUCUUCUAGAGGCUGCCAAAAUGGCAAAUUAUGCCAAGUUUCAGAAAAUUUGUGAUCUUCUGUUUGUUAUGUUUGCCAUGGUUUUUAUCACCACACGACUGGGUAUAUUUCCGCUCUGGGUGUUAAAUACCACAUUGUUUGAAAGCUGGGAGAUCGUUGGACCUUACCCUUCCUGGUGGGUUUUUAAUCUACUGCUGUUGCUAAUACAAGGCUUGAACUGCUUCUGGUCUUACUUAAUCGUAAAAAUAGCUUGCAAAGCUAUUUCAAAAGGCAAGGCUGGGAAGUGGAACCCUUUACAUGUGUCCAAGGACGACCGAAGUGAUAUCGAAUCCAGCUCAGAUGAGGAAGACUCCGAACCUCCAGGGAAGAACCCUCACACGGCGACCACCACCAAUGGGACCAGCGGUACCAACGGGUACCUCCUGACUGGGUCUUGCUCCGUGGAUGAUUAGUUCCUCAAAACUACAAGUCCCAAACAAAGUGAACUGUUUGUUCCUGGAAGUAUUUAAUAAGUUGCAAAUGCAGUUCCUUUCAUUAUAUCUCAGCACCAGAAAAAAAAAAUUAGGAUUAUCAAAGCAUUUUGAAUAGUGCACUGCCAUAUGUCCUGUCUGUGAAUGAAGAAGAAUUACCAUUCUCUAUACGUAGGCAUGCUGUAUGUAAUUGACACAAGGGAACAGUAUUUGCAUUUGUACUGUCUUAGAAUAUUAUUUAUAUUUCUUUUUUGUUUGUAAAUCUGUGGACAAAAGAGGGUUUCCUCACCCCUUUUACUCUCUGGGUUCAUGACAGUGAGGGAGAUGCUCCAUGUGCUUCUACCCCUUUCUAUUGCUGUAACUCAGUUUGAUAGGAGUCUCAGCUUACCUUGUCACUUAAAGCACGCAAAACCCAGUGCAAGAUUCUCGUACUGCUCCGAAUAGGUUUGCUUUCUUUGUGUUACUGUGCCGGUUUUGAAAUUGCCUAUAUAGCCUCAGUGACCAUUUUCCCUGUGUAAAGUUUAAGCAGGAUGAGCUAGGCUUUUUAAUUGCCACUCUUCAUGGUCGAUUCGCACAGCUCAAAUUAAAGACUAUGGUUUUUUGAGAACUUUAAAAAAUUGUUUUGUAUUAAAUUGCUAUGGAAUAGACAUCAUUUCUUGUGCACACAGCCAGGAUAUCCCCAGUGAGUACGGUAGCCAGCUGGAGAUGAAUUUUGUAGGUUACAGAGGUUUGUGUGUGUUUGUGUGUUUUUGUUGUUGUUGUUUUUAUUCCCUCUUAUGAGGUCAGUGCUCUGGCUCUGAAGGAGGACCUUUGCUUAAGGUCAUAGUUAGAGACAAUGAAAUUGCUCUUACUACUGGGAAUUUGUCCCAUGCUCUGAGAAUAACAGAAAGAGAAAGCUGAUUUCAACCAGAUUUCAGCACUACCCCUAUAAUUGCCACAAUCUCCUGUCGUGUCAUGAAAAAAAAAAGAAGCUAAGUAUAUUUUGGCGCAGCAAAGAAGACUUUGAACAGCUGGCAAAGGUCAGCCGUAGCCCAAAGCGCUUUCUUGCAGCCAGCAUUCGAGGAAUUGCACUAUCUAGUAUUUGAUCUUGGUGUCUGGAUUUUUCUGAGCAAAAUAAAGCCAAUGGGAGAAGGACAAUUUUACUGUUUGUCUUUUCUCCUUAAAUAUGACCCAGACUGACUCUCCUUUUGCUAAAAACUGAGCAGUGUUGCACCUGAAGCACUCUGGUUUGUUUCUUUGAAGACUUGUUCGGUUUCCAGGAGUUUUUAUUCAAAUAGAGCUAUUUCCAAAAAAAUAAUUAAAAUUCUACUGGACUAUGGCAAUAUCAGCAAUGAGAAAGACUGCUGAAAAUAAGUUGCUAUAGUCUUCUGACACAGCAGUGUUAUUUAUGUAUAAAUAAGAAAACCAUUCACAUAAACCAAAGAUUUUAUCUCUUCCCUUCCAACUUUUAGUAAGGGGGAAUAAAAAGGUAUUACAAACACUUAUUUCAUAAACAAUACAAGAGUCUAACCCCAUAAUGUAGUAAGUAGCAUAAAUGUGUGAGUUAGGGGAUAGUAAAGACCGCAGCAUCAGAAAUACUAAGGAGUGCAUGUCCUGCUUACAGCCAUUCACAUUCGAUUCAAACUUUUGAAAAAAUGGAAAUAAAUCUUUGUGCCCACAAUUUGCAACCUGUACAUUAAUAGUUAAGAUAAUGCCCCCAAACAGAAAAAAACCUCACACCGUAAUAUUAAAUCUUUCCCUACCUACAUAUGAAAUAGUCUGUUUCUGAUAAGGCCCAUAAUGAUAAUUGAAGAGCCUUAGACGUAUGUCUGCUUGUUUAUUGAGAAAACGAUGCAACUAAUUCUUCUCGUAAAACCUUGUUAUUUUAUUUCACAAAACAGGGGUAUGUUUAGGAGUGUAAUUUGUGGAUGGUUUGAGACCAGUCAUAAAACAUCAAAAUUUCUUGUUAGUCAUCUGAACAUCUGCUGAAAUACAGAUAUAUAAAAUGAAACAGCAUAUUACAGCUGAAAAAUGUUGGGACGGUGCAAGUUUCCUUUCUUAUCAACUAAACUAUGGGGAAGAAAAGUGAAUUGUACCUUGCUGUAGUGUCUGGGGCAAGUCUUCAAAAGGGAGAAAUAAACCAGAGAACCACCAUGUGUUCAAAUUCGGGUCAUCUAAUACUCUACCACAGAAGAAUAAUUUCAAAAGAUUGGCUCGUAAAUUAAUGGUUUGGGGGAGUUGCAUGGAAAGACGUAAACCGAGUCUGUCCUUAGCAAAGGCAAAUCUAAGCAAUUUUUUAUUUUUCCCAAAAGUCCCUUGGAAGGAGGACUGAGAACACUCAGAGCUUCAGUGACCAGUGACAUUCACUUAACACAGUCCCCUAUGUAUCUAUAGAUUUUUAUUUCAUUUUGCAUUUUAGGGCAAAGCGUUCUUUUUGAUUAAUCAAAGUGGUGUUUGUAGACCUGUGAAGAUGCAAAAUAAUAUAUUUCUGUCUACUCCUCCCCCUUAUCAUGGUGGCAUGAUAAGACUGAGAGAGAAAAAUAUGUGAGAUAUCUUAUCUUCUACUUGUGCCAGGCCAUAGCUUUGGAAGUGUGUUUUGUAUAUGCAGCUGUAGGUUACUGACAGUGUUGUUUCCCAUUAAUUACCUUAGCCCGUGUUGAUAGCUCCUUCCCCCUGGUCAUAUUCAAACCCUUCCAGGAUACCAAGGGGUGUGUAGGAAGGAGUCUAGAAAAAGUAAUAUUUUAUUCUCUAAUGCUAUAUAGCUUUUCUAGAUCUCUUAGUGGAGAAAAAAAGUAGAAAACAAGUAGAAUUUGGCCGUGGGUCAAUAAAUGAUAGGACAGUGUGUGAUCUAUGUAUGUACAUUUAUGUUUCUCCAAAAACGUAAAACCAAAAGAGCACUGACUCAUCCUUAUCCAUAUUCUUUUCAUAAAAACUAUCCACUGUAUAUAAGAGAAACUUCCCACCUCCCUCUCAACUUCCUGUUCAUGCCACUCACCCAGAUGAGAGUUGAUAGGAUCCUUUCUCUUGCCUCAGGCUAAGAUCACAGAGGGCCUAAGGUCAGCAUGUAAGCCAAAUGUAGUUCACAUUUCCAAAUUUAGUGGUACACAUGUGGAGAAUUGAAUAACUGUCAGUAUUUUGGAUGAUUAAGCUGAAUGUUGGGGAAAAUGCAUAUGGGUGCUGUUUCACCCCAAGGUUUUGUUAUCAUCCAACUCCUGCCAGGCUGCUAGACAGAUGGUGUCCUGAGGUACCAUCAGAUAAUGAAACAGGUAUCAGAGAAUGAUGGGCUAGGAAGAAAGGUAGACUCCCCAAUGAAAGCAAGAAGUUGGGUGAGAGAAAUCACUCUUUAGUGAGAUAAAAUCAGACCAUGUUUAGCCAAAAUGGUGGGUGAGCCUCAAAAUGUCCCAUUCUAUUGCCAACUUUCCAUUCUGAGUAUUUGGUAGAGGUUGGGUUUGAGUGAACUACAUGCUUUCACAUGAGGCAGGAAGGGCCUGGAUCUCCCACUUCAUGUGUUUGAACCUCAUCAUUAUUUGGGCUGAUGUAAAAAAGGAGAUUUCAGUUCACCUGAGUCUUUGCAAAAGAGCUCUUCUGAGAAAACUUUAUGGACCCCCAUCAUUGUUCCCAUUCUGUUCAUGACUUUGUAUCAAUAGUUAUUUUUGUCCCUUUCUCAGAAUGUUAAUGCCAAAGUUGCCUGAAUAUUUGCGUGUUUUUUCUUAAUUUGAAGCGUACAGAAUAAUUCCAAAGGUGUUAAGAGAUUCUGUUUGUUUGUGUAUGUGAUGAUGUCGUUAAUGUCCAGAGAGGCUUCAAGAAAUCCUUUGGAAACAAGAGGUUAAAUGUUUACAUUUCCUGUGAUAGUUGAGGUCUUAAGAUACUAAUUAGCUUACUUAUUUUUUUUUCUUUGUCUUUGGCUGAUUCUGCUUUGUAGAUAAAUAGUAUCCCUGAAAUCUUUAGGACAUUCAAUUAAGAAAAAACCAAAUUAGGUCAAACUCAGCCUGAUGAGAAAGUGAUGACAAGCCGCGUCAGUUUUUAGGUAACUCAUGUGGGACGAGAAAAUGCAGUUAGCUCUGGUUAUUACACUUGCUCUCCAGCAUGUUGUUCAUGAAAGGAAUACCCUCAGUAAUCCUAACAGUCUUUGAAGUCAUGCAUAAUGCCACAGAUAGUAAUUGGUACUGGUUCACUGUGGCCACAGUAGUUGUUGAUGGAAGCAGGCCAGAGAAGGACCCUGUGGUCCACCUUUAUGUAUACGGUCCCUUCCCUUCCUCUAAGGGACCCCCCAGUAGACGCUGGGGAGGCCUAUCCAUUUGUCCACUCUGUGCAGUUUUAAUGUCUCUCAUAUAUAUUCAGGGGGAACAUCGCUGAUGCUGGUUUUCAUGGAGAAAACUUGAUUAGAGGACAUAAAGCAUUAUAUAUAAGGAACAGUUAGUAAGCUCCGCAGACACGGAAAGAAGAACCUGAACUUUUUCCAGGUCUUUGUAACUGAAGUUCAGCCUCGAAGCCUUUGAAAGGAAUGGCUUAGCAAAGGGCCACAAGCUAGGACCCCAUCAGCUCAAAGAAAUAAAAGUCUCUGCAGCCAGAUGGCCUGUCGUUUGGCAUCUUCACAAGACUAGGUCUUCUCAAGAUUGCCAGGAACUGGUGGGAGGGGUCGGUUAGCCCAAGAUCUAUCUGUUCAUCUCAUCCACCCACAUUCCUCUCAGCCUCCUGGAACUCUUGAUAAGAAGAAACCAAAAUAUUGUCACUUAUCUGCCAUCAACUUCCCAACAGACUUUGGAUCAGUGGUUGACCACACUUCUUUUCUCUGACUGAUUCCAUUUUUCUUAAAAAGUAUUGGGCCCAUGUAAUCUUGUUUUCCUCCAGAGGCCCAUGAAAGCUUGGUUCCCUGUUUUGCUAUAUGUUGCAUGGCCUGGAAACCAGGGACAACAGCUGUUGGUAUGAUUUCUAUGUUAAAUGAAAAAUUAGAUCUUAGAUCAUUUUUUUUUCUCUUGGAUCUACAGUAAUUUUUCUAAACUGUCAUAAAACCGCCCUUAAAAAAUUAGAGGCUUUUAAAGAUUAGUUGCCAAAGAUAAAUGAGCUCUAUAAUAGCAACAGUUCUGUGGCAAUUCUGGGAGUUUAACUUAGAGACUCAUUGAAGAUGGAAUACCCCCUCCAAGUUUGAUCUCCAAAAGUUUCGUAAAGCCUCUAAGCCUAUGAUUCUCAUCAGCUCUAGGUGUGCCCAUAGAAUCAGUUACCUCCAUAGCCAUUUGUGGCCAAGCAAGGGGGAGAGGGUUCGUUGGGGAUUUGAUUUUUUUUUUCAAUUUGCAGUGAGAAAUAGGAUAGGUGACAAAAGCGUAACUUGUUUUCUUAAGACAAUUCAGUGCUUGAGCAUCUCUGUCAGAAAUGGAAUGAUGUACUGUUAGCCAAUUAGAAUUAUUUUAUGUAUUGUUACUGUGUUUUGCUGAUUUUUAUAUGAAAAUAUAAUUAUUCAUUCUUGAUCUCUGGAAGCAAUCAUUAUGAGGAUCAUUUUACUUUGGAAACACUUUUCAUAAUAAAGAUAAGUAUUAAGAGUCAA